GCAUAUAUUUGAAUCCUUGGAGGAGAAAAUAGAAUAGACAGAGAUCAGGAAAUAGGAAUGUCAUACUUGUUACCACAUUUGCAUUCUGGGUGGGCAGUGGAUCAGGCUAUUCUCUCCGAAGAAGAACGAGUAGUUGUCAUACGCUUCGGUCACGAUUGGGAUGACACAUGCAUGCAGAUGGAUGAAGUGCUGGCAUCCGUUGCGGAGACCAUAAAAAAUUUCGCAGUCAUUUAUCUGGUGGACAUCACGGAGGUACCGGACUUCAACACCAUGUACGAGUUGUAUGACCCGUGCACCGUAAUGUUCUUUUUCAGGAACAAACACAUCAUGAUAGACCUUGGAACCGGAAACAACAAUAAGAUCAACUGGGCUCUCAAAGACAAGCAAGAGUUCAUUGAUAUUGUCGAAACUGUCUAUCGCGGUGCUAGGAAGGGACGUGGUCUUGUCAUUUCUCCCAAAGAUUACUCUACCAAGUACCGCUACUGAGAUUCAGAUGCUUACCCUCCAAUUUAUUCUACAUUACCAUUACUACUUCCUCAACUUUUCACUAUAAUCCCAAAUACCUGGAGCAAUGAUACUUCAUUUGAGUGGACUAUGAUGUUUAAUUUAGUCACGCCUAUGCUCCAUGUUAGUUUAAUGUUAAUGAACAUUACAUUGUACACCACAAUAUGUUUCACCCUAUGCUCGUUUAUUCUUUUCACUUGGCACUAUCCUAUUUUAUUGUGUG